CUGUGCAUAUAUAAAUAUACACAUGUAUUCCAGCGCCUCACUCUCAUACGCGCACUGAAUGCUCGCACCGCCGCCCACAGCUACUCAGACACCAUAGGGUGAAGCUGCCGCUUGUACACUGCCCAGCCACUGCUGCUUGUUUAGGGGGGGCCCUCCAGUUACCAGGGUAUUUACAGUGUAGGGCUUAGUGUCAUGUGAUCAGGCUGAGUCUGUGUGUGCACUAGCUUGUUCAUACAGGUGGAGCUGCUCCCUCCUACAUCUGAGCCCCUGUAUUGCUGGACUGGUAGGUUUCCCUUCAUUUCACUUUGCUCUCUAUUCCUCAGUUUUGCUGUCUCUGUCAGAGAUCCUGAGUCCCCUAUGCCACCAGGAUCUCCCCCAUUAGCGUACUCGGCAAUGCCCCUCAUGCAAAAGCCAAGUCUGGACCUGGAGAAGCUGGCGCUGGAGCGGGUCGUACCUCGAUUGCUCUCCUCUGGAUUCUGCUAUUUGGAUAACUUCCUAGGGGAGGACAUUGGCAGCCGUGUGCUGGACAAGGUCAGAAACAUGCACCAGGACGGGGCGCUGAAGGAUGGUCAGCUGGCCGGGCACCUGCAAGGGGUCUCCAAGAAACACCUGAGAGGCGACAAGAUUGCUUGGGUCUCCGGCACAGAAGAGGGGUGCGAGCCCAUAGGACUGGUUUUGUCAGUCAUUGACCGGCUGGUGGUACUCUGUGGCAACCGACUGGGCCAAUACUAUGUGAAAGAACGGUCCAAGGCCAUGGUGGCAUGUUAUCCUGGCAAUGGCGCUGGAUAUGUGCGGCAUGUGGACAACCCAACUGGAGACGGACGUUGUAUCACCUGCAUUUAUUACCUGAACAAAGACUGGGAUGCAAAGGUUCAUGGAGGGAUCCUGCGAAUAUUCCCUGAAGGCAGUCACCAUGUGGCAGAUAUAGAACCUAUCUUUGACCGGCUGCUUUUGUUUUGGUCUGAUAGGCGUAACCCACACGAGGUGCAACCAUCUUAUUCAACCAGAUAUGCUCUCACGGUCUGGUACUUUGAUGCCAAAGAAAGAGCGGCAGCCAGACAGAAAUUCAAAAGACUGAGUGAGUCUCGUGAAGAACCUCCCACCAAAGAAAGCUGAUGGAGGGGUGCUCAUUCACCCCCUCGGUGAGAUCUCAAUGGGAUGUGCUCUUUCCAUCACCCUAAACCUGCUGGAGAAGUGUUUAAAGCACUGCAUUUUGUUGGUGGAAAGUCCAUGUUGUGUGCGUGCGUUGGUGGCUUUCACACAGACAUAAAACUCAAUCACCAGGAACUCCUUGAGAAUGUAUCUAGCUAUUCCUUUUCCAUAGACAUCCAAUAUGUCUGCUGAUCUAUAAGUGCUUCCUCUCCCUGCCUUGCAGAAUGACUUGGGAUUGGAGGGAUCUCUUCACAUUAACACAGUAACUGACUGUCUGUGCAAUGAGGGGGAUAACAGAAUGGGAAAAUCCAACCAAGCAGGAAGAACUGCAGCAUGGAGAUGUGAGUAUAAAAGAGAGAGUGACUUCACUUCAUCUCCAGUACGUGGAUGUGCUCAGUAAGCAGAUUUAUGCUUCACCCCUCCCUAUUAUGCAGAACCCCAGAGUGUAGCUAAAUGCACUCUUGGAGUGGAGAUAACCAUCCUCAAAGGGUAACAGGUACAGCUUGUGGGACAUAUGCCCCACUCCUCCCAAGGAACUAUAGAGCUCACAUCCAGGCAGAUGUGGAUCAAUCCUUCAUAUAGAGACUCCUUUUGCUCCGUCCCUGCCUAAGGCAAUGGCUGUACGCUCUGCUGAUGCAUAUUUGUUUUUUUUAUCUUCUGGUACAGUGAUUUUUGUUUUCUAUUGCAGCUGAAUGUUCCUUUAUUGAUCCUGUGACAAAGGCAAAUUACAUGUAACAGGUGUACUGUGCAUCAUGUAGUUUCAUGCUGGGAAAUAAUAAAAAGGUAUAACCCAAAAAUGUCAACUAAUUGUAUUGCAGUAAGUGUAAAGCUGUGCUGCUGUAAUGAUUGACAUGUUGUGACUCAUGGGGAGCCGUGUAAUUUGGCCUCCUGUGCAGGUGGUGAGAUUGUCCUGAUCUGGCCAAUCAGCUUGCAGAAGUAUUGGUCCAUCCAUUAUUUUGUUUGUCUAGUGACCAAAUAGGGAUGUUGAUGGAGAGCGAACCUAGAUUUCUCUUUUGGCCAUGGAUAGAGAUUCUCCAACACUUCAGUAGGAGUAGGAGGUUGGCCAAAUAGGAGGACUGGGUUGAUUGUGCUCAACCAAUGUAACCACAAGAUAUUAAGUGCACAAAUACACCAUAUUGGGUAAUUGUGAGCUUGCAGGAUGCCUUUAACACAGACAACCCGGGGCCCUCCAGAUAAAAGUGAAUUUGAAUUUCCCAGCAUGAAUUGCAGCAUCUCCUGUCACACUACUUAGGUCCAUUUAUAAUGUUGUGGCUACCUCAGUUGUAAUCCUGGGUAACAGGCAAAUACCAUAGUUGGUAAUGUUUAACCACACCACAUACAUGAUAGAGAUAUAUAUAUAUAUAUAUAUAUAUAUAUAUAUAUAUAUAUAUAUAUCUCAUAGAGACCCUUUAUUCCCUCAUAUUGGUAACAGGGGGCCCUGGGCAGAUCUAGGUGGUGCCAUAGAGGAAAUGGUACUGUGUAAUUAAGUGACAAGCUCUGCGGGCCAGAGCAGGGAUAUCCUAUUUUAUGUUGUACAGAAGUUACUUAAUAUCAGAAUUCUUGCUUUCUAUGGCACAGUGAGCUGCCUGCAGAUGGGUGGGAGUGAUUGCUUUACCUUUCGGGCUGACUGUAUUUGUGUCCUGUUGUACCAAAUGUGAAUAUUAAAUUGAGAAUAAAAUUC